UGAAAAUCGUUCUACAUGGCUGGUGGUGCGGAUGGUGUUCCCAUUGCGAGUCGUACGAGAAGUCGUUCUGGAUGCCUCAUUUGCCGCCGGCGGAGAAGAAAAUGCGAUGGGGCCCAGCCGCGGUGUCGUAAUUGUGAAGCCAGAGGUGAUGAGUGUCUCUGGGGGUUGAAAGCGUCGUUUCACCCUUCUAGGAGCCUAGAAUUAUCGAGCGAAGACAGUGCAAUCUUGUCGGCGAUUGAGAGUGAUAGAGUUGGGGGUGUGGCAUCGAAGGGUGUAGUUAUUGUCAAUGAUACCGAUGUCAUUGUCCGGGAAUAUCGUGACGAUGCGCGCUCUUUGGAUGCCGCGGAUGCUGCGUCUCCUGACACUGAAAUAGGAAAUAUAGAUGAUCGCCCAGACGUGUAUUCGGUACCUGCUGCCUCCACUUUCCCCGAGGCCUCUCCGGUCAGUGCAACGCCUCCACGGCCAGGAUGGUUGGAGCCGGAUGCGGAGAUUUCCAAUCUUCAAGACUACACUCCAGAAUUCACAGAGAACCGACGACCUGCAGAUCAAGGAAAUGGAGCCACUGGUGUCGCGCCAUUUACCACAGUCACUCUGCCGUUUUCUCUGGGUCAAGGCAUAGCUUCUAGUGCACCACCUCUGGCCGAUUUCGAGCUACCUAUACCUGAAGCUGAGCAGAGCCAAUUACUAUCAGCAUACCUCCGAGAAACGGGGACCUGGUGCGAGACAACGGAUUCAAACAUGCACUUCACCGUCUCAAGCAUUCACAUGAUGAUGAAAAGCAAGCCUUUUGUAGCCGCAGCUAUGGCUUUGGCAUCUCGGCAGCUCGACGCUGUAAAUAAACGUCCGCGUCAGAUGACGCUAGCACUCUACCAACAUGCCAUUCAAUCACUUAUACAUCAGGACCCUUCAUCGGCAGAUGCCGCUAUAUUGGCAACAUGUACUCUGCUGUGUGUUUACGAGAUGAUGGCAUCUGAUGUUGUAGAGUGGAGACGCCACCUCAAAGGCUGUGCGGGGCUACUGAAAUCUCGAAAGUGGAAUGGAUCUAGCGAAGGGAUAGUGAAUGCAUGUUUCUGGGCCUUUGCACGAAUAGAUAUUUGGGCAGCUUUCAUGAUUGGUGAGCAGACGCUGAUGCCGACAGAAGAUUGGGUUGACAACAACUCGAUUAUCUCAACUGCGACAUCUGGUAGUGUGGAUGCCUACUGCAACCUUGCUAUUCUUAUUUUUGCAAAGAUCAUCAAUCUGCGUGCAAAGAUACAUCGUCGACCUUCAAGAAGCACUGAAUACGUCUCUGAAGUCAACCAAUUAUGGAAUGAAGUGGAAGACUGGCAAAAGCACCGCCCAGAACAGGUACAUCCACUAUUCCCAUUCAGAGUCAAUGCGUCAAAGUGCCCCUUCGAAACCAUCAUAUUCAGCCACUCAUCAUCCAUCUGUGCGGAUACAUUUUAUCAUGCAGGUGCAAUACUACUCCUAUGGACAGGAGACGUGAAACGAGAAAGCACCGAAUCAACUGCAAAUGAAGGGCCAUCUCCUUUCUUUGCAUCCCCACAUACAGUUUCGGAAACAUGUGAUCUGCAUUAUGAUCCCGUGUGGCAUGCCAAGAAGCUCUGUGGAAUAAGCAUAUCGAAUACUUCUCAUGCUAAUUGGGUGAAUCAUUUGCAACCUCUUUAUAUCGCAGGGCAAGUCUUUGGUGGUGUUCGAGUAGAUCGGCAGAAUAUUCGCUCAACUGCAGUUGAAGAAGAUAACCAUGUGGAAGAGGAAUUUCCGGCAGAGCAAAUUGCUCUAUUGAAGCAUCUAGCUAGGAUUGAACGAGAUACAGGUUGGAAAACAUCUGGACGGGCUGCUGAACUUAGGAAAAUGUGGGGACUUGAAUAAUGAAUCAAAUAUGGC